UGUCGCUGUGGAACUGGCCGGGCCCGUAACCUGGCGGCGGUGUGGAAGAUGGAUGCAGGGGAGGCCGGCGCGGGUGGCAGGGCGGGGAGCAGCGCCGACAGCCUGGCCGAGGAAGAGGAGGAGGAGGACGACGAGGGGGGUCCCGGCAGCGGGCGGUCCAGCCGCACCUCGUCGCUGGUGAGCGGGCUGCUCACCGAGCUGUACAGCGCCGCUGAGGCGGCCGCCCCUUCGGGCAGCGCCCGCUCCCGCGCCCUCCGUGAGCUGCAGCAGCGGCCGAGCCAGGUCAAGUACCUGCGGCUGAAAGAUGUUGAUGAAUUAACAACUAUAAAGCAAGAACUGAAUUACAGAAUUUCUAUUCAAUCAGCAAAGUUGCUUCGUCUUCUGAAGCAGAAAGACAGGCUUGUACAAAAAGUCCAGAAGAAUUGCGACAUUGUUACAGCUUGUUUGCAGGCGGUUUCCCAGAAACGGUGGGUUGAUACAAAAUUGAAAUUCACUCUUGAACCAUCUUUAGGUCAGAAUGGUUUUCAGCAGUGGCAUGAUGCGCUCAAAGCAGUGGCCAGACUGCCGACAGGCAUCCCAAAGGAGUGGCGGAGAAAGGUUUGGCUGACCCUAGCUGAUCAGUACUUACACAGUAUAGCAAUUGACUGGGACAAAACCAUGCGUUUCACAUUCAAUGAAAGAAGUAAUCCUGAUGAUGACUCUAUGGGCAUCCAGAUAGUAAAGGACCUUCACCGAACUGGUUGCAGUUCUUACUGCGGCCAGGAGGCAGAGCAAGAUCGAGUGGUAUUAAAGCGCGUUUUGCUGGCUUAUGCCAGAUGGAACAAAUCUGUUGGCUAUUGUCAAGGAUUUAACAUACUAGCUGCACUUAUUCUGGAAGUAAUGGAGGGCAAUGAAGGGGAUGCCCUGAAAAUCAUGAUUUACCUGAUUGAUAAGGUGCUUCCUGAUAGCUACUUUGUCAAUAAUCUCCGUGCUCUCUCUGUGGAUAUGGCUGUUUUCCGAGAUCUUUUACAAAUGAAGCUUCCUGAACUGUCCCAGCACUUAGACACCUUGCAAAGAGCUGCUAACAGAGAAAGUGGAGGAGGCUACGAACCCCCACUUACAAAUGUUUUCACAAUGCAGUGGUUUCUGACACUCUUUGCCACUUGUCUGCCUAACCAUACAGUUCUGAAGAUCUGGGAUUCAGUAUUCUUUGAAGGCUCUGAAAUUAUCCUGAGAGUAGCUUUGGCUAUCUGGGCGAAGCUCGGAGAGCAAAUAGAGUGUUGUGAAACUGCAGAUGAGUUUUACAGUACCAUGGGCAAGCUGACCCAGGAGAUGCUUGAAGACAGUCUGAUUGACAGCAAUGAACUUAUGCAGACUGUUUAUACCAUGGCUCAGUUUCCCUUCCCACAACUGGCAGAAUUAAGGGAGAAGUACACAUACAACAUUACUCCUUUUCCUGCAGCAGUAAAAUCAACUUCAUUUUCAGGAAGGUUAGGCAGAACCAGAGACAGUGAUGAAGAGAAUGACUUAGAUGAUGAAGACUCAAUUGCAAAUGCAAUUGGCUGUCUUGGACCAUUAAGUGGGUUUUUGGCACCAGAGCUGCAAAAAUACCAAAAACAGAUGAAAGAUCAGAAUGAAGAACAAAGUCUCGGUUCCAGUAACAUUGCAGAGUUAAGUCCAGGAGCAAUAGACUCUUGCCGAAGCGACUAUCAUGCUGCUUUUAACAGCAUGAUGAUGGAGCGUAUGACCACUGAUAUUAAUGCACUGAAAAAGCAAUAUUCCAGGAUAAAGAAGAAGCAGCAACAGCAGGUUCACCAUGUAUAUAUCAGAGCAGACAAGGGGCCAGUUACCAGCCUCCUCCCUUCUCAGGUAAACCAUUCCCCGGUGAUAAACCACCUCCUUUUAGGAAAGAAGAUGAAAUUGAAUAACAGGUCUCUCAAAAAUGCUGUUAUUCACAUCCCAAGUCAUGCUACAGGGAAGAUGUCUCCCAUUCCCCAAGAAGAUCUUAAAACAAAACUCAACUCUCCAUGGCGCACUCACAUAAGAGUUCAUCGGAAGAAUAUUGCUAGGGCCAAAGGCCAGCUGGGCUAUGGGGAUACCGUAGGACUGAUAGAUGAGCAGAGUGAGAGCUGUAAAACAAGUAGUCCUGGUGCAAAGGAGGAGACUUCCGAACAUUCUGACUUUGGAGAAAGAGAAGGAAGUGGUUUGGAUAACAGGACUACUCAGAAAGCUGAUCAGCAGUUGUCUGAGCGGCUCUCUGGGGGCAGCAGUACAAACAUGGCAGUGAUUCAGCUAAAACUGGAAGCACUUGAACUCACCUCAGAUAGCAAAACCGACGCUGAGUCAACACCCCGUCAGUCCAGCCAGCCACGUUUAUCAGAGUCCUCCACUUCAUCCAGAGACAGUGGAAACCUGGCUAAAUUGCCCCAACCUGUGAACCCAAAGCCACAAGUCUUCAAUCCUUUUCCCAGUGUCAAGCCUCUUCGAAAGUCAGCUACAGCCAGGAAUUUAGGGCUGUAUGGCCCCACUGAAAGAACGCCAACUGUACACUUCCCACAAAUGAGCAGAAGUUUCAAUAAGUCUGCCAGUGGCAACAGUGGGACCAGGAAACGAUGAAUACAAAAACUACAAAAAAAUUGUAUUACCCUUUUUUUUUAAUGUAUGCAUGUGUAUGUGUAUCCCAGAGUGUUUCUAAUCUUUAAGUAAUGGAGACAAAAGUGGUUACCAGAUGCAUAAAUAGGUGUCUUUGAAAAUUGUGUUCCUGUGUUGUUAUGGGAUGGAUUAGUGAAAAUGUGCUCUGGCACCCUAUUGUCAAUUCUGAUGGUCCUGUGUAAAAUAAACAUUAAUUUGCAGUGCAAAGCAUGCUGUUUCUUUAAAUCUAACUCAGAUAUUAAAUCACCAGCUGCCUUUAGCCCUUCAGCCCCCCAUGGCUGCCUCCUGUCUUUCUGAGCUCGAAGGACAAAUUGUCCAGUGCAGCAGACGGGUAUAACAGUUUUCGUGACUGUUACGCAGCUUCCCCAUUAGACCUCAUCCUCACGCUCCAUGAGAGCCAAAGAAGCCAUGACUUAACAGAAGCACAAGCAGUCCUAGCAAUCAAAAGUAUCACUUCAUGACAUCUGGCUUCAGAUGUUCUUUAAGCAGCAUUUUGUGCUUCUCUUCCCACAGCAAUUCUCUGCUGAUACUGUUUUUAAUAUAAAUGUAGUCAGUGAGCAUGAGAAUAGCAGACAUAAGUCCAUCCGCAACACUGAUUUGCUCCUUUUCUGUUACAUGUGUACAUACAUACAUUUCUGUUACUUACUGCUGGAGAGUUGCAGCACUGUAAAAUUAGGAAUUAGGUACAACUAUAUGUGUAGUUGUAUGAUUAUUAUUAUGGCACAUCUUGGCUUCAAUGGAUUUAAAAGCUAUUAUCUAGAUUAGAUUUGUAGUUAAAUAAUAAUUGCCAGCUUACCGGUAGGUAAAAUAUAUGAAUGUUCCAAAGUAGUUUAGGGUUUUAAAUUCUUUAAAUAGAGUGAUUAGAUACUUAGAGUGCCGCUUCCCAUUAGAAGCCAACACAUCAGCCAGUAUGUUAAUGGGAUGGACCCACGGGCUUCCAUGGCUUGGUUCCUUUUUGGUGUGAAAGAGAAAUGGCAAAGUGAUAAACUGAAUGUUUACUUCCAAAUUAAAAAGUGCAAAGCUGGUGAAUAUCAUAAGACAAGUACUAUGUAUGUGUAUAUAUACAUAUAUAUAUAUAUGUGUGUGUGUAUAUAUAUAUAUUCCAGAGGCAGGCAGAGAAACUAAACGUGGAUAAUUCAACUUCAGGGUUGCAAAAUCAAACACUCAAAUUCCAAGAAAUUCAGAUUGCUCUUAAAAUGUUGUAGCUCUGCUAAAUUGUGUGUACUGACUGUGAUUCAUUACCUUACUUCCAAGUUUUCUGUGGCAUGGAAGGGCCAUAAUUUGAAACUGGAGUAAAAGCUGUAAUGAUGAAUCAACCCCAUUGUAUGUAAUAUCUUACUUCCUUUUUUAAAGUCUUUGUUAAAUUUGAAAAUUAAUUUAUUAUUGUGUAUUUAUUAACGUAUCCCAUAACCUGUAGGAUGUUAUAUCAAUUUUACUGUAUACCAUAACUUAUAAGCUGUACAAUAUACCCUGUUCAUUGUUGUGGGGACAACAA